GGCGGGGCGUGGGGGAGAGACCAGGGGCGGCAAGAAUGGAGGAGACCACGACGGGCAUGCUGCAGAAGCAGUUUGAGGUGCUCAAGUUUCUGGGCAAGGGCAGCUAUGGCAGUGUGCAUAAGGUCAAGCGCUUUUCGGACGGGAACACGUAUGCCAUCAAGGAGUCCAAUGUCAAAAAUAUGGCGCAGGAGGAGAAGAUGGACGCGGUGAACGAGAUCCGGCUUCUGGCGUCGGUGCGGCACGACAACGUGAUCCAGUACCAUGAGGCGUUCAUCGACGGGGGCAAGCUGUGCAUCGUCAUGGAGUUUGCGGAGCACGGGGACCUUGCCAAGGCCAUCAAGGACCGGGCACAGCAGCGGAAGCACUUCCCCGAGGAACAGAUCUGGUCGUACCUCAUCCAGAUCUGCCGCGGCCUGCAGGCGCUCCACGCAACGCGCAUUAUCCACAGGGACAUCAAGUCGGCGAACAUCAUGCGGCCGGACAGCAGCCGCGUCAAGAUCGGGGACCUGGGCGUCGCCAAAGUGCUCAAGGGCGCCAUGACCAAGACGCAGAUCGGCACGCCCCACUACAUGCCGCCCGAGGUGUGGAAGAACAAGCCGUACUCGUUCUCGAGCGACAUCUGGGCGCUGGGCUGCGUCCUGUUUGAGAUGUGCACCUUCAACGUGCCCUUCGAGGCGCGCAGCAUGUCCGAGCUGCGCUACAAGGUGAUCCGCGGAACUUAUCCCGCCAUUCCGGCGGAAUACAGCAAAGAACUCGCGCACAUGGUGAAGACGUUGCUGAAUAUCGACCAGGCGACCCGCCCGAGUGCGGAGCAGGUGCUGGGCAUGCCCAUCGUGCAGGCGCACAUGGCGCUCGCGCCGCCGCUGUCGGUGCCAACAUCCGAUGGCAAGCCGAUGCCCAACCCCAUGCUGGCCACCAUCCAAGUCCCCCAAAACCUGCGCCUUCUGAAGGCGAAGCUGCCCCGUCCCGCCUAUCCCAGCAGCGCGCCUUCGACCGCUCCCCCCUCGCGGCCGCCCCUGCCGCCCUCCGCGCCCGCCCCCAGCGCCCUUUCGCGGCAGCCGGUCAACGUCGGGGGCAGACUGCCCGCCAUUGCGAGCGGUCGAUUGUACCAGGGCCCUUCCCCGGGCGCUGGGCGGCCGCCGGCCGGUCCGGCGCAGCCCGCUCUCCGGAACAGCCCCUCCCGCCACGCCGCCCCGCCGCAGCCGGCGGCAAGCCCAGCGGGCGGUGCGCGGCGGCCUUCCGACCAGUUGGGCGUGAUGCCGGGCAAGGACGUGCCGGGGCUGCCCGCCGGGUACAACCCGUACGCCAAACCGGGGACCAAGAAUGGGCCCUAUGCGAAGAGCCCGUACGCACAGGGAGCCACUCGGAAUCCUUACAAGCGUGCGCCCUCAAACGUCAGCCGCGCCCCGGCAGCGGCGGGGAGUGCUUACGGAGCGGCGCCGGCGGCUCGGCAGCCGUCCCCGCGCUUGGCAGGAGUGGUGGGCAAGGCGACGGGGGCCAGGGCGCAGAACGGCGGCUACAGCCGGCAACCGAGCAGCCGCGGUCAGCCGCAGCAGCCGGGCGCGCCACAGAGGCAACAAGCGCCGGCCGCAGUCCCCCCCGGGAGGAUGGCGGGCAGAUUCUACUAAGCCAUUUAGCCGUGUCAGCGUUGAGUAAGGAGGAACGGAGGGCGAUCAUGUGAGAACCAUAAGAGGAAGUAGUGGGGAAUCCAAAAUCCUAGAGCCCGCCCUUUUUGGGGAUGCUCAAUUGCUUUAUAGCUUAAAGGUCAAAUCUGAAAGCAUAGCGAACAGAACUGAGUUUAUGGUUCCUAAUUGGCAGAUAGAACUGACUUGUACAUACUACAGGUGACAGCACCAGGUGCUUACAUUACGAACGUGUCCAGAGAGAGCAAAGCCAAGAUGCCAUGCACGCAGCCAGCAAGCUGAGUCCGAGGAGGCUAAAGAUCAACAGUGCCAACAUAUUGAACUCAAGAGCUAGCUAGGUUUCAAGGUGUAAUUGCACUUCGAAGCCAGGCUUUGCCAGGUCUUGACUCAUAAGUUGUGUUCUAGUAGCCCCUAUGUACAGUUGGACUGCUGGCCAUCCGGAAACCGUGAUGGAUAUGCCUUGAAAGCAGGGCCUCCUUAUUGAAACUUGCGAGGCUGGCAACGAUUGAC